GUACACUGCAGCUCACACACUUGACCUGUACAGCGAAGUAGCGGCCAUUUGCCGUCCACCACUCGUGCUUCCAUCCAACGAAGCGGGAAAUCUUAAAAAAUCUCAAUCGUCGGCGACCGGAUACAUAAUAAGCGUUUUUAAAGUUUUCGAAGGCGAUGACGGUGAGCGAUUUGAAAAGAACUGGCUUUAUUGGACGGGUGCUAGAAUGUUAUACAGAUAUUUGCCUCGUGCCGCCGGCUUGAGACGCAUUGCACUUAAUAAAAGCACUGCAGGAAAAGGCGAUAAAAUGUACUUCUUAGUGUGCGAGUGUGUCGAUUUACUAAAAGACGUAUCCUUGGCUUCUUUUCUAAUACCGGCACUAAGAGCUCGCCUGUGUGGUUACACUGGACUUUAUCGACCUGUGCAAGUAUUCUAGAUUAAUGAAUACAUUUAUCGUACGAACUAUUAGGCAAGUAGGUCAGAAACAUAGAUACAAAAUUAUUUGCCUGAAAAAAAAAUAUCCAAACAUAUUGUUCAACUGAACCAUGUUAUAUUUAUUUAGUACAAGUCAUAUUUAACAAGAAUGUACCCGCUCUGUACCCACUCCGAGAAAAAAUUAUAAAAAUAUAUUUUAAAAGAAAUAUUUUUAAAUUAAACUAAUUUUAUGAAUUUAAUAAAAUAAUAGUUACAUCGAGA